CCUCACUUCAGCUCAUUUCACUAUUACUACAGUGCUCUCUUUCCCUGGUCACGUUUGUAGGCUACUCACUACACAUCAUUCAGGCUCCACCAAAAAGAAAAUCAUAAUUUGACGUCUUUAAUUCUUCCGAACUAUUCCUCGCUGCUGCUCCUGAGAUCUCACAGUCAUGUUGGUAAUACUAGCCUUCAUCAUCCUCUUCCACAUAGUCUCCGCCAUCCUUCUAUUCAUAGCAACAAUAAACAAUGCCUGGUGGGUCGUAGGGCCGGAUACGAAUCCCAUCUACGCUGACCUGUGGUACACCUGCAAUAACACGUUCUGCGGACCCAUACCGAACAGCGCAACCACUGCAGCAGCCUACCUCCAGGCUGUCCAGGCUACCAUGAUCCUGUCGACCAUCUUGUGCUGUGUGGGCUUCUUCGUCUUCAUCCUGCAGCUCUUCCGUCUGAAGCAGGGCGAGAGAUUCGUCUUCACCGCCAUCAUCCAGCUGCUCUCUUCUCUGUGUGUGAUGAUCGGAGCCUCGGUGUACACUGCCCAGCACACGGGCUUCCAGGAGAAGAAGCUGGAACUGGGCAACUAUGGAUACACCUUCGUCUUAGCCUGGAUCGCCUUCCCCAUGACUUUGAUCAGUGGGCUGAUGUAUCUAGUUUUGAGAAAGCGCAAAUAGACAGAACUCAUCACCUCACCAUUGGCAAAAAAGCUAUUGCCUUGGGCAAUUUUUUUUUGUAAAUAUCCUUAUUUUUAUGUGUAGUUUUAAAUACCAAAAAUAUAAGUAAAUCGGAAGAAGUCGUCUUCUUAAGUUUAGCAUACUGGAAUCUUUCUUCAUUGGGAAAAUGGUAUGAUAUGUAGAAUUUUAACCCUUUUUUUGUCAAUAAAAUACAAAAACCAAAAAAAAAGAAGAAAAAAAAAAUCAUUGUUGAACCCAAUCCGUGGAAAAUAUGCAAUGCUGUGAUUUCAGGAGCAUUAAACCCGGGGACUGAAUUUGCAAACUUGAAAAACAAAAGAUGCGUCAGGCUUCAACCUGUUCGAGGACCAGCAGAUACAAAAACCACUAUACAGUUUAUUCUUUUGCUUGAGGUUCACGGGUCCAAUCAUUUUCAAUCAGGACCCAGCUCCUCUCCAGAACAUGGUCAUGUGACUAGUUUCAACAGCAUCUUUGACCAUUAGAGGAAAGAAAAGCAAAGCCAAAAAAAGGAAAAAGAAAAUAGGGUUGGUUUUGGGCAGGGCACUAGACUAUACUUGAAACGGAGUAAAUUGUUGACGGUUGGGGAAAAAGCUGCAUAAUUGUGCCUGUUCUUGUGAAUGAUUCUUUUUCACUAGUGUUUUAUCCGUAGUUCUAAACUGUAUUGCAUGUUUUGUUGUACUUUGCUUUUGUUUUUAUGCAUCAGUAAAAUACAUUAUUGCGUUUUAGGCCAUACUUUACGCAUUUAGUGACCGGUGCCAAGAGAAAGCUUCCUGGGGCUUUAGGAUUAGUUGAAAUGUUGAGUCAUAAGAGGUGAGGAUUGUCUGCGCAUUCCUGACCAGAUCUAAUGAAAUCACCUCUCGUAAUGAGCAAAAAUGAGCAAGUAUGAUACAUGAGAAAGAAGGAUCAUCUUCAAUGUUGAGAGGUGAGAAAAAUGAAGCAACUGUAUUUAUUGUGUAGUAAAUGCAUUGUGUUGCUGUUUAUACUUUUGCAAUGAAGUAUUACUUCACCAAAAAGCUUGAAACCAAUUUCCUUUUUUGCACAUGAUAUGAAGUAGUUCAUGUAGGAUAGGACCUCCAGGUUUUCGUAAUUGGAUGAAAUCUCAGUCAAAGGCAGCUUCUUUUUUCUCUCUGCUUACAUCUGCUCCCUUGUUCAACCUUUUGCCUCUUCCUGUAUUUCCAAAGAGACAGAACCCCCAGCCAGGGCUCAAUAUGUUGUUUUUUGUGGUUAUAAUUAAAACGCAUUUUACAUUAAA